AUGUACACCGUACCGUCGGAGGCGAAGCCUCAUCUCCGGACACUGAUGGCCUGGCCGGAUAUGACAUCGGCUCCAGAAGAAGUUGGGCUGACCAUGGAGGGUGACUUGCAUCUAGCGCGUCAGGAGAUCGCAGCCAUUGCAAGCGCAAUUGCCCGUUUCGAGCCCGUUUGGCUCUUCGCAAGACAGCCCAAUGUUGAGGGUGCGAUGACCUACGUCUCCAAAGCGGUCACGGUCAAGCCAUUGGAAGUAGACCAAAUCUGGAUCAGAGACUCCGGGCCAGUCUUUGUAGCAGAUGCUGACGGGAACCUCGCCGGCGUUGACAACAGGUUCAAUUAUUGGGGCGACAAGUUCGAUGUUCCUGGAGCUGCUGAUGCGUCUGUUGCUAAGCGGAUACUCGAGGCUGAAGGCGUUCCAAGAGUCCAAGCGCCACUUAUCACGGAAGGAGGGGCGCUUGAGUUCGACGGCGAAGGCACAUUGCUUGCAACUGAAAGCUCAAUCAUCAACCCGAACAGGAACCCCGGCAAGUCGAGAUCACAGCUGGAAGAAGGCCUGAGAAAGACCUUUGGUGUGAGCAGGUUCAUAUGGCUGGAGGGCGCAGUGGGAAUUGACAGCACUGAUUGCCAUGUGGACGCUCUUGCACGCCUGGUUCCGGGCGACACCGUCCUACUGAGCCGUCCGAAUGAUGCUGUAUCGAGAGACAGCAUUCAAUACCGCCUCUACCAGCAAGCAAGAUCGGUGCUUGAACAUGCGACUCUUGCAUCCGGAAAUGCGCUGAAGAUCGUGGAGAUGGAAGAAGCGGAGGGGACGCCUCGAGCGAGAGUCGGUCGGACGGGAUCUGGAGAGCUGCCGUGCCUAAGCUACGUCAACUACUACCUUCCCAACGGCGCUGUGAUUGUUCCGGCCUUCGGUGAUUCGAGGACAGAUGCGCGGGCGAUUGCGACGAUUCAACAAGCGUGGCCUGAGCGCGAGGUCGUACCAGUAAAACUGAAUUGGAUGGCGUAUUGUGGCGGCGGUGUUCACUGUGCUACACAGCAGUGGCCGGCCUUGCCGAAGCGUCAGUAG